GUCGAUUUACGAUUAUUGAUGAAAAUUGUAGUUCCGGGCCCCGGCGACAUCCGCCACAAAUCACAAUUGUUUGAUGUAAAAAGAGCUCCGAAUUUUAAAAGUGGUAUUUAAUUGAAUAUUUAACUUGAACGAAAGAAAUCGGCGUUUGAGCUGAUCACCAUGACCAUAUUAACAAGACCAAGUCUCAUUUUCAAGAAAGCGGCGCUACUGGCCAGCACCAACUGCGAUGAAGAGGUGAUCGAGAUCCAAACCCCGUGCCCGGAGGCGAGUCGGCGUCGUUCACUACUGGCGCUGAUCUUCUUGGCGACGACGGCGCUCGUGGUGACUGUGGCGGGCAUCAUGUGUGGCACCAUGCUGUACCGGCAGGUGCUGCGCCAGGGGCCCAUUCUCCACCGCUACCAGGGAUAUUGCAGCAUACCGAUUUCUGCUAAGCAAAAUAUGGACCCGGCCCUGAUUGAGAGCAACUACCGCGUGAUGCCGCUGCGCUGGUCCGCCGACCCUGACGUGCAGGUGGUGAGCAUGCUGGACGAGAGCACCAGCGACGACCUCAUGAGCCUGCUGCGCGAGGAGCUCGACAUCGCGGACUCCGUCGAGAAGAUAUCCGUCUUCGAGAAUGGGAAGAAAGUUAAUUUCAUACAUGAUUUUGAUUCUAACAUGACUGGUAUCGUGGACGUGGAGCGGUGCUACAUGAUGGAGCUGGACCCGUCGCUGGUGCUGUCGCCGGAGCUGUUCGUGCUGAGCAUCGAGCGCGGCGCGGAGUUCGACGUGUCGCGCGUGCGCCACGAGCUGCGCGCGUCGCUCCCGGCGCUCGCCCCCUCCCCCGCCCCCGCCGGCGCGCCCGACCCCGCGCGCCUGCUCGCCGACUGCGUCAACAAGCCCGUGUACCGCCUGCAGCGCGACGACCCGCCCGCCAUCCGCAAGCGCUCCCUGGACGCGCCGCCGCAUGACUACAUCCAGUUCUCCGGGAGGCAUGUCCAGGAGAUCGAGAUCACCAACCUGGCGCAGGUGCUGGAGGAGGAGCAGCAGGCCAAGAACAAGUCCGCACUCGCUUAAACAAGCACAUGCUGGAAUGCGGAUGUGGGCUACAUACUUUUUAAAUUACUUUUACACCAUAUUAAAUAUUAUCAGGAUUGUGUUUUGUUAGGAACCUUAGUUAUAAUUUACUUGGGUUUAUUAUGUCCUAACAGCGUAGUCUCGUGGGUCGGUAUUAAAUUUGAUCUAACAACAUUCAAACCUGCAUCAAAAACUAUAGUUGUUCCAACAAACAAACUCACGGUGAACCGAUUCAUAUUGGCUUAUGGAGUCAACAAAUUUUUUAGCAGGCCCUAUUCUUGUUUUAUUAUUCUGUCUGCAACUCAAAAUGUUCCCACAUUCUGUUCCAAGUUAAUAUUAUAACAGUAAGUUAGUCGUUAGUUCGAAUUAUAGAUGUAAGUGUAUACUCUGUGUCCCCCGUUCCCAAAGUAUUGUCUUACUGUCAUAUGAUUUUACUGUGUCGUUGUUUUAAACCAUUUCUCAAAUAUACACAUAGAGGUGUUACAACCAACCCGUAGUCAUUGUUAUGUUGAUGUAUUUUUAGUUGUUCGUUCCUAGUGCCAUAUGCAUUUAUGAUAUACUCGAAUAUUCACAAUUUAUUCUAUAAGUAUAAGUGUUUCUCUUAUAGUGUGAUUCAGGAUGGACACUUUUAGAGAUGAUACAAUCAAUUAAAGAAUGAUUGACGGGAGUAUUCGAAACUCAAGGCAUUAAAUACUCUAUUAAAAUUGAAGAUAAACAACAUGGAAGAGUUGAUCUCAACUCUAAGAGUGUCCGGUAUCCUAUUUAUGUAAGUCACACUUAAAAUCUAAGUGAAAGAUCUCUAUGAACUUAUAAAAUUUCAUUAACAUUCCAAAGGUUUUUCCUAUAAGGAACUCUGUCCCGAAAUUAUUUUUUUGUUCUGGCGCUAACAGACAGGGGGUCGGGAGAAGCGCAGAGACGGAUUCAGAGGGGGGUCGCGGGGCCUACGACCACCAGUGUGCUGUGAUUUGAUAUUUAGGACAAUUUAAUUUAUAAUUUUUCGUAAUUUAUUGUGUUUUUGAAGCGGUCUGUUUGUUAGCGUUAAUUAUUUAUUUAUAAGGCUAACUGUCCAAUUUUAUUUAGUCUAACAUCUGGUCGUAUUAUAAAUGUUAUAUUCAUGAACUUAUUAAGAAAUAAAGAAAUACAGUAGAA